AUGAGCACAAGAAUACGGCAUAUUGACCCGAGUCUAGGCGAGGGUGUCAGACCUCCCACGGGCUCCGGAACAGAGACAAUGACAACGACGCAAUCACCAAACCCAAAGCCACAUGGGAGCAACAUUCGAUGUGGUGGAUCCGCCCGCGAUGAUCUGCUAGCCAGCCAUUCCAGCACGUUCCCGCACGUUGCUCCACUUUACAUGACCCUCAGGUUUCGCUUUCUUUAUGAACCACAAAAUGUCAUCGUUCCUGCCGGCCGAUCUCUGGAGGGAUCCGCUGCGUUGAAUCCAUCCUACAAAUGCGAAAUUUAUCCGCCCACCCAGUAUAAACCACGAAACCCCCUCCCAGACGCGGCCAUGAGCCAGUUCGUCUCAUCAGAUUAUCACGAGUGGGCAAGCACUUCGUCACGCCGUCAGAGUACGGUGUCAACUUCCACAGUGUCGUCCGCUUCCACCAGCAUCCUUUACCCGACCCCCGCGAGCUCACCUGGUUCCAGCUCGCGAAAACAGUCAUGGCAGUACUUUGACGAGGUAAUAAGGUUGGAGUUAAACCCCUCAAUGACGAUUAAUUUCGUCAAAAGUGGGCAACUAUUCAAAUUACGCUAUACGUGGAUCGACGUGUGCAAAGAUUCGACGGGGGCCCUUAAAUGCCUUGAACUUGGGGGAGGUCUCGGCCAACAAACUCCCUUUGUACAUGCUUUCCAUCACACCAAACUCCCCGUUCCACACCUCGAACAUCCUAAAGAAUCCUCCGACUACCCACUUCGCGUAUCAUUUCUCGAGCAUCAGACCGUCCAGACAGCCCAUGUGGUAUUCAUGACACAGCUAUCUUAUAAAUUUGAGAAUUGGGAGGAUUGUGUCCUCUUUCAAGAAAUCCUUCUUGGAUCCAAACUUGUGUUUAUUGGUGGCAUGGCCGAGGCCAAAUCAAAGGGCCGCGGCGAGGAGUGCAUUAGCCAAAACCUGCGCAUUCUACGCGGACAGAACAACAAGCGCGUCAUGCUCUAUUUCGCCAACUCACAACGCGGGGGGCUAAAGAGAUAUGUGUCUCUUCCACUUAAUUGCGUUGCCAGCAUCAAGCCACCCAAAAAGGCCGGUCGGCCGGUGACGGUGGAAUUAAGUCCGAACUUCGAAAUCUUAUCGCAGAUGAGAAACUUUCAAAUUCAGUUCCUUGAUGAUAAUGGUCAGUGCACAACCACAACCCUUUCUCGAUAG